CUGACUUUCAACUUUUCAGCUGAUAUAACAAUAACUUUUACACUUCAGCAAGUAGUCGUAUCGGUCGUCAACCGAAUGCAAUGAAACAUCGUUGUGCAGUUGAAAUUGAACAAAUUCGAUCAGGAGUAACUAAUUCAAUUUUACAUUCGAAACAAUAUUCAAAGUUGAAUUGUUCAAGAAAUUCAAAUUAUCAUUCAUCGUACAAUUUUUUAUCCUCUUCCUUAAAUCAUCCAUCAAAUCAUAUAAUUCACACAAAUUCCUUAAAUCAAUCUGAUUUUGAAUAUGAAACUGAUAUGGAUAAGGAAAAAAUAAGUUUAAAUUAUAAAAGUUGUUUAAAUGAUUCAACUAUUUCAACUACUUCUCAGCUAACGCAUUUAAACACAUUUUCUUAUGAGCUGUUAGCCAGAUCAGAAAUGACCACCAAUUUAAAUCGUGAAGAAGAAGAGAAUAAAUCAUGUGAAGUGGUCGAUGAUAACCUACAAACGCCGUCAAGGUCAAAUUUCCCGGCAAAUCAAAGUAGUACUCCAACAUCUAUUCAAAGAAUAUCUGAUCAAUGUGUCGUUGAACAACAAUUAUACAAAAAUAAAUAUCGUAAUAGUCAAACUGAUGAAUUAUUCAAUUCAAUAUCAUUAUCAUCAUCAUCAUCAAUAGCUGAUUCUGAGAGAAUGCUUACGACGGGAACUAUAACAAUACCAUCAGAUUCUGUUACAUGUUUAAUUAAACAGAAAGAAUUCAAUGAAAUUAUUAAUCAAGAAUAUUCAUCAAUUGGAUUGAUAAAUUUAUCUAGAGCAGCUCAAUUUUAUAGUCAACAUGAAAAAGACUUACAAAUGCAAUAUGCAAAUAAUUUAAAAUCAAAUUUCCCACCAUUUAAAAACGAUAUUAUCAAAACCAAAAAAAACAAUCAAUCAUAUACGCAUACUACUAAUACAACUACUGAUAUCAUUGAUAAUAACCAAUAUAAGAAACUAGUAAACAAUAAAGAGAAUAAAGAAUAUUUAUAUUAUGAAGAUGUACAAUUGAAAAAAGAAUCUAACCAAUGGGAUGAUGAAAUAACAAAAAAAGUGUUCAUGAAAACAACUGAAGAGUAUUCACCACCAUUUAAACAAACAAUGAAUUGGAACAUUGAACAAGAUGGAAUGAAUACCAUUGAGUUAGAACAAAUGAAUUCAUUGGUUGAAUCAGAUUUAAAGCAACAUUCAUCUUCAUCAAUAGUCAAUUAUAAUUUGAAUACAUCAAUAAUAAUGGAUGAUAGUUACAGUAUUCUUAAUAAUAAUAGAUUAGAUGAGAAUAUUACUAUGAAACAAAUGAAAGUGAAUGAAAUGACAAAAAUAUCAUUACCAUUUAUAAAAACUGAUCUAAUGACUAAACGAAUUCGUCAUACUUCACAGUUAUCUUCAUCACUAUCAAUUUCAUCAUCUAAAGAUGCACCAUAUUCAUCAUCAUCAUCAAAAUCAGACUAUUGUUUAAAAAACUCAAAUACACCGUUAUGUUGUUUAAAUACAAUAAAUGAUAAUUUAUCUCAUUAUCCAAUAUCUAAUCAACGAUCUAGUCCAUUUCAAUUAACAGAAAUUAACAGUCAUACAGAGAUAUUUCAAACAAAUUCAAUCAAUCAAUUUCUUGAUCCAACAUCUAUUAAUCAGUAUAACAAUACAGAGAAUGAGAUGAUUGGCUUAACAAAUUAUGAUCAAGAUUUUAAUAGAAUAUCUUCUCUUCCUACAAAUGAAUUACUAAACAAUAUUAAUAGUAGUAGUAACAGUAGUAGUGGUAGUAGUAGUAGUAGCAGCAGCAGCAGCAAUGGUAGUGGCAGUAACAACAUUGACAAUAAUAGUAAUUCUACUCCUUCAAGAAAUCAUAAUAAGCGUAGUUUAUUUAAAAAUCUUAAGUGUACAAAUUUCAAUCCAUCACAUUCAUUUAUUUCAUCAAGUGGUCAAUAUUUCUCUCCAUCAAAAACUUUCUUAAAUCGGUAUACAUCAUCAUUAGUUAAAUCGAAAUUAUUAAAUUGUGAAAACUAUAAUCAUAGUGAAAACUAUCAGCUAACAACUAGUAAUAAUAAUAAUAAUAAUAAUAAUAAUAAUAAUAAUAAUAAUAAUAAUACUAAUAAUAAUAAUAAUAAUAACGAUGGAAUCAAUGAACAAGGAGAUUUGAUAGCAAAUGAAAAACAGAAAACAAUGACACUAGCUACAUCUGAAUGGACUGAGGAUAGCAACAAUUCAAGAAGAAAGCGAAUAAAUACAUCAUAUAAUUCAAAGAUAAUUAUAACAGAUAAAACAAUGAACAAUAAUUCAACAGAAAUUCAGCCAAUAGAAACAUCAGAUUAUACAUUAAAUCCAAUUGAAAAUAAAAUUAAUUCUCAUUUAUAUUCUAAUAAAAAGGAUAAUUACACAUUUGAAUUAAAAGUUGAUAAGUCAAUGAAUCAAAAGAGGCGUAGACAGACUACUACUACUACUACUACUACUACUACUACUACUACUACUACUACUACUACUACUACUACUACUACUACUACUACUACUACUAGUAAUAGUAAUAGUGGUAGUAGCAGUAGUAGUUUACUUGAAUCACCAGUAAUUAUAACUGAUAAUCAGUUAACUCUUUAUGAAGAGAAUAGAAUGAAUACAGAAUUAUCUAAUAUACAUGUUGAAUCAGUCAGUUUUCAUAACAAACAACUUAAACAAUAUCAACAACCUAGAUUAUUAAGUUUAUUGGAGAUGAAUGAAUCAUUUGAUACAGAGUUAAAGGAACAUUUGAAACCUACACACCAUUCUAUAUCUCAUACAAGUUUAUAUCAUUCUCCAGAAGAGAUUUAUAUGAUGAAGGCUAAUGAUUCAACAAAGUUACAUUACACUUUUGAACUACCAAGUUGUGUAUUCAGUGACAACGAAUAUCAUACCCCUCCUCCUCCUCCUACUUUUACUAAUUCUACCAGUGUAGGGGUUGGUAAGGAGAGUGCCAACACAACACCUGUGAAUAAAAUUGUAUCUUCCUCAACCAUGCAGUUGAUUUCAGCUACUAAUGACACAUUCAAUGCAUCAACAUAUCUUAAUCUGUAUACGAUUAACAAAAAUGUUGAGGACACUAAUAACAGAAUGAGACAGUCUGAUUUUCAUAAUUUGCAACUUCAGUUACCAUGUUGUAACAUUUCAGAUGAAUGUAAGGAAACUAUACACCAUUUAUCAGGAUCAAAUAGUUGGUCAGUGUCAAAUGGUAUAUUUCUUCAGAAUAUCAGAGAUGCUGCUAGUCAGUUGCUUCACUGUCGAUGUACAGAAUUAAUUGAUAUGGAGCUGACUGGUACAGCUAAAGGGAAAUAUGAUGAUCCUUAUUGGAUAUCUCAACGUUUUCAGUCUACAAAUGAAGUUAAACAAAAUAUUGACAUUCUAUUGUCCAAUAUAAUGAAAUAUUUUGAAAAUCAUAUUUAUGAAGUGAUUCAAUUUGCUCAAUCAAUUUCAUAUUUUCAAGAACUUUCAGAAUUCGAUAUGAAAAUACUUAUUCAACAAAGCAUUUAUCCAAUUAUAUUAAUUCAAUUCUCUCAGGAAUAUAAUUAUUUCAAUUUACAAAAUGAAAUAAAUUUAAAUAACUUGCCAUUAUUUAAAAUUUUAUGUGAACAAAUUAGUUUAACAGAAAAACUAUUGAAACCAUUGAACCUAGAUGAAAUAGAAAUUGGUUUGUUAUACUGUAUUGAAUUAUUUCAAGGAGAUAGAAGACUAUUGAAUGAUUCAGCAAAGGUUGAUAAAGCCUAUCAAGAAAUACUGCAAGUAUUAAAAGAUUAUGAAACAAAAUAUUUCAAUUCAGAAAUACGUUUCUAUAGAUUUUUGAGUAUUAUAACACAUUUAGAUAAAAUGAAUAAACAUCAUAAGGAGGUGUUGAAAGUUGUUAAGAAAGAAAAUAAUUAUUUACCAUUGCCUAAUUUGUAUAUUCAACUUCUACAAUUGGAUGAAACAGAACAACUUAUAGAUAAUUCUAUUGUUGGUGAGAUAUCUCAACAUGAGUAAACAUGAAUAUAUAAGCAGAUAGUUGAGAAAUAAUAACAUGAGAUAAUACAAUAACAUUGUGCAAUCAAAAGCCAAUCCAUUGAUAAAACUCAGGUUCAUCAAUGUCUACUUCGUCUAAUAAUUAACAUCAUGUACUCACC